CUGGCAUGGUCGAUUAUUAUUUGCUCACACUGUGCAUGCUCUCUCGUGAAGCCCGAUCGGGAGGCAGAGCGUGUUUAUUACUGUCCUUAUCACGAACUGGUCUAUUGUUGAUUGUUGUCACAAAGCGAACGAGUUGAUUGCUUAUGCACAGGUGUCCAAAGUAGAAUCCGCGCUAGUCUCUCCAGUCAGACACGUUGCAUCGCAGGUCAUCAUCACCCCGACCUCCUCGUCAUCUGGCGAUUCGUCUCUCAGAUCAGGGAUUGAUACAUGGCUAUGAAUGGAUUUAAGAGCAGCUUUUCCGGACAAUGGUUCAAACCAUCUUGCUUUACUAGCCUUAUAAUCGCGACUUUCCUUCACUAUUUUCCCCUUCCGCAUUCUAUAUAUUUUAAAAUUAAAGAGGGAAAUAUAUCAUUAGGCAACAAGGGUGUCUGGCGGGGCCUGGUUUCAAGGACUGUCAUUAAAACUAAUCAGCUUGAUUAGCGAAGCCCGCUAAAUAUCCGACUUGGGUUUGAAAGUAGAAUUACAUCAGGGAUCCCUGGAUCAUUUAUAAGGAUUUAAAAAAGAAACUGAGAAUAGUAGAUGGGGAUAAUUAUAUACCCACAUCGGAGAGGCAAUUACCAGUGCUGGAAGUAUACACACUCGGUGCACAGCUGGUAAAGGUUGCUGAUAAGAGCUUGUGAUAACUCUUUGGGUAUAAAGUGAUUUCGUCGUUAUCUCAAUGUAGUAAGCCGGUAAUGGACAACGAUUACAGAGCACACGAUUAACUAGGGGUGAUGAUAUGAUAAGGGAGUCAGCCAGUUGGUUAUCAAAAAUCGAUAUCAUCUCUCGGCUUCCUCACCCCCCCCCUACCCAUCUCUCUCUCGUUCUCAUUCUUGUUUUCCUCCACCAUGCACGAAUUCCCUUUCCCCACGGAGGAAUUACUCCUGCAUCAUCUCCUCGUUCUCUCAUCUCCUUUCUCGUCUCCCCACAUGUAUGUGGUCUGGAUCAGUUGACAUCUGGCGUCAACUCAGACUCUGGCUGUGGCGACCUCUCAUCAAAAGCCAGGGGGACUCUAGUAUAAUAAUCAGUGAUCGUUUCGCUUGCUCAUCGACGGCUAGGAUGAUAUUGUUGGCUCCUCAUCAUCAUUGUUAGGAAUUUUUUUCGAUGUUUCUUAAGAAUUUGAAUUGCUUUUAUUGCCAUGGAUGAAUAAUGUUGAUGUAGGGCUACAUAUAAAAAAAGCAGAGCUUUAUUUUGCCUUGGUGAUAUCAGUGAUUUUGUUAGGGAAGGGCGGAUCGAGAUUUCAAACCAAUAUCAGUAGAAUUUAAUCACUGAAUAAUCAGACUUCGAACCACUCGAACCGUGAGACUUCGACAAUGAUUUAAAAACAAAUAAUUAUUUUUGGCGAUUGUUUUGAUAAACAGGAUUCAUGAAAGAAUAAAAUAAUUUUGGGAAAAAAGCACGGAGUUAAUCAUCGCAGAUUGUGACUGCUGGCGUUGAUCUUUAGUGAUGAAUUCGUAAAAUCGCCAAGGAUGAACUUUCACUGUGUCAAGGCGGAGUGAUGAUGAUUCUAGUGUGAUGGUACUGCUGGCCUCUUUGGAGGAACCUCUGGCAAGACCCCUCCUGGGUGCGGCCAAGAACCCCGACUGGGUCGGGAGAAGGGUGCAGGAAGACUUCGGACCCAGCUGAGUUCCACCGCGACUGUGAGUGAUAACAAUCGGGUGUAUCGAUUACCCUCGUCUAUAUUAUGCGUGAUUUGCAUGCAACAAGCAAGCCACUGACACGGAACAUCUGGGCAGAGAGAGAGAGGGAGAGAGAGGGAGAGACAGAAUAAAAGAGAGGGAGGCAAAGGGGGUUAGCCUUAUUUCUGAGUGUUGAUUUGCGUGCGGGUUUGAGACCUCGUCUUGCUUUUAUUCUCCGUUGACUGUCCAGCUUUAUCUAAAGCCAGCUUCGCUCCGAGUGUUAUUUGUUCAGCUUUCUUACAACGAUCAGUUUACUCAUUGUAGAGGUGAUAACAACGCAAUGCAAGUCGCCCAGCUUGCGAUGUGCUGUGAUUUGGCUUCAAGACCCCUUCUUUUGCCUACACAAGUCACAAUGAAGACUAUUCUGUGUGCAUAAUCCGAGUAGGUUUAAUACCCGAGUCUCCGGACGUUGUUACAUGCAAUUAGCAGUUUGACCAGGUGGGCUCACAAUCUCAAGAAUGCGGAACUCGCCGAGCUGUAUUCGUGUGAUUGAAGCUGAGGGUUGGUAGACAUGGCGCAGAGCGAAGGCGAAAAUGACUGCGACAUGGAUCAAGAAGCGACUAAACAAGAAUGUUCUGAGAAGGAUGAAUCAGAAUGUGACAAGACCGUCUCUUCCAGUGGAGCUACCAGUACAGGUGCGACGACAGCGACACCCAGCAAAGGGGCGGGGUCGUCGAGUGGGGCUGCUUCGAUUAGCCGGAGAAGUCGUCGAAAGCAAAGCGAUCCCCGUCGCGUCGGCAGUGAGAUAGUAAAAAUGGAAGUUGUUGAGAUCAAAUCUGAGAUCAUAGACCAGGAUGAUAGUGAUAGUAACGAGAAAGACCCGGAAGAUCAUUUCGACGACGAUGUCUUUCUCAAAGUCCGGACCAACGCACUGUCGCCCAUUCCUGGAACGCCUACGAGUUCGGAACGAUUGGAAGGAUCAUUAGUGCAUGAUCAAUCACGCGAUCGUAUCGGAGAUCGAGAUCGAAUGGAUGUUUUACAGAGAGGAGUCGACAACGGCGACGACUGCCAACCUCAGGAUCUUAGUAUGAGCAGUAAAAAGCGUGAUCAUAAUCGUGUUGUCCUUGCAAUACCUUCGGUUGUUAGGCCAACCAAACCCAAAGGAACACAACUUGACCUAGGAAGACGAAAUGAGUCAGAUUCUGCAAACGCAUCCACGCACUCGCAAAUUUCCCAGAAUAAUGCUCAUGUUUUUCGAACAUUUGCUCAUGAUUUACAGGCGGAAGGACUUGUUGGUCUCGAGAGAGAUUACCGAUUGAAGUACAGACACGAUUUCGACGACGAUUACCACGACUCACAUUCCCAUGCUAUCAUUCCCCACCAGGAAUACCCCACGCCUCUGCCAUUCGCGAUUGCCCACCAACACAAAGUUAUUCUCGACUCACAAGAGUGCAAUUCUCAGGGCAUCGCAUGCGGUGACCACAAAGAAACAAACGGUAAAACAUCUCCAUCGACGUCCACAUCGUCGUCAUCGUCGACGUCACAAUCGUCGAAGUCGACAAACAAACCAGGGAGGUCGUAUAAGAACUUGAGUCGUUCUCGGAGGAUCGUCGCCAACGCCCGAGAGCGUAAUCGAGUCCACACGAUCAGCGCCGCCUUCGAGGGUCUUCGUCGGGCAGUGCCUUCGUACUCGCACAACCAGAAACUGUCGAAGCUAGCCAUCCUCAGGAUCGCUUGCAGCUACAUCCUCGCCCUGGCCAAGCUUGCCGACCUCGAUUAUAGCCCCGAGGAUGAACAGCAGAUGAGCUUUGAGGACUGCGUCGAUCUCUGCACCGAAACCCUACAAGCGGAAGGAAGAUCGAAGAGGCGGAAGGUAAGAUCAUUGGAAAUAUAA